UAGUUAAUGCUAUUGUCGCAAUUGCAAACAUAAUCAUUCGUGCUUUUGUCGAAUGUUGACUGUUGUCUCAUUUGUUUCUACAUAUCUUGAAAAAUUCUGCAUAUUUUCUAAAUUUUUAAUUAUAUUUAAUCAUUUUAUAUAAAUAAAUUAUGAAUAUCAUUAAAAUUCGAUCCUUUCGAUCCAUAUCCACAGGACCUACCCUUCGAAAUCGAUUGACCGAACAAACUGAUCAAUUAACAAAAUCUAGUUUAAUAAAGAAAUCAACAGUUGAUCUUACAGAUAUAGAUCAUUUUUCUAAAUUACACAAUAAGUGGUGGGAUGUCAAUGGUGAAAUACGUCCGUUGCAUGCAUUGAAUCCUCUUAGAAUACAACUUAUUCGAGAUGGCUUAGCAAAUAUAGGAGUCAAAAUAGAAUGUCCUUAUUUACCAUUAGAAGGAAUCAAAAUUCUAGAUGUUGGUUGUGGUGGAGGAUUAUUAUCAGAAUCUUUAGCCAGAAUAGGAGCAGAUGUAACUGGGAUUGAUGCUUCAUCAGAAUUAAUAACAGCUGCAAAACAGCAUGCUGUUUUAGAUGCUAGUUUAGAUGGAAAAUUAAAUUAUUUCCAAACAAUAAUUGAAGAUUUUGCUCUAAAUAAUAAAGAAGCAUAUAAUGCUGUAGUGGCUUCAGAAGUUAUAGAACAUGUAAAUAAUAAAGAAUUAUUUCUAAAGUGUUGCAUAAGUUCUUUAAAACCUGGUGGUUCAAUAUUUCUUACAACUAUUAAUAAAACUUUACCUUCAUGGCUUGGAGGAAUAAUUGCAGCUGAACGUAUUUUAAAAGUAGUACCAAAGGGUACUCAUGAUUGGAAUAAAUUUGUCACUCCUACAGAAAUGCAAUCUUUAUUAGAAACAUAUGGUUGCAAGACAAAAUUGAUACAUGGAAUGUUUUAUAAUGUUUUAAAAAAUGAAUGGUCUUGGAUGGCUUCAACAGCAAUAAAUUAUGCAAUUCAUGCAGUAAAAAAAAAGGAACAAAAAUAAAUAACAUAUUCUAUUAUUUAUAGAUUUGUUUUAUACUUCACGUGAUAUUAAUACAUUUGAGAAAUUAUUUUAUUUUAUAAUAUUAUGUGAUAUUCUAUGUAAAUUAUUAUAAUUUAUGAUGACUUGUAGUUUCGUAUUUAAAUUUUAAUCAUGAUGUUUCAUAUCAUUAAAAAAUGAAUUAUUGAUCAAUUAUUUAUGAAAUAAUAACACAGGAUAUGACAUGAAAAAAAUUUAUUACUUUUAUCUUUGUAAUAUAGUAUACAUUUUGUUAUAGAUGACUAAUUUACAUACUUUAUAUUUAUA